AUGAUCAUGAUGAUGAGAUCAUCAAAAGUAGUUGAUCUGCUUCUGAUGCUGCUGCAACUUGUGUUCUUUGUAACUACAUUUGAUAUGGUUGCAGGACGUAACAAAGUGCAUGUGAGAAUCUCUAAUGAAUUGGAUGUGGGUAUUGAUCUUAAACUUCAUUGCAAAUCUGGGGAUAACGAUCUUGGCGAGCAUCUACUGCACUAUAACAAUAGCUACUACGAAUUCAGCUUUAGACCUGCCGUUUUGGGGGGAACACUGUUCCAUUGCAGGUUUCAGUGGAAUGUUGAUGACUGUACUGCACUGCAUCGGUUCGACAUCUACGACGCUCGUAGAGACAGUGUUCGUUGCAGUGAGUGUUAUUGGAAAGUUCAUCUAAAUGGUCCAUGUAUGCUAAACUAUGAUGAUCAUAAUCAUUACGAUCUUUGCUAUAACUGGAAAUAUUGA